UCACGUAAAUGCGGAGCAACAAGGUACAAAGCAAGAAGAUAGAUAUCAACGUCGGAAGUAAAACGCGUAACCGCCAAAUAUCUAGGUUGAAAAGACGUCAGUACUGACAAGUAAACAUAUGUGACUGUGCCUUAUAAUUAAGACAACAUCCGUGGUGUUUACAGGAAAAUCACGACUCUGUAAAAUUGAAUGUGAAAGCCUUUUUAAGAAUAAUUUGAUUGCCAAGGUAUAUGCUACAAGAUACAGAAAUGACAGGUUAUCCAGUGGAACUUGUGCCUCCAGGAAACGGAACUAGCAAAAACAAAGGCAGGGGGCGGUCCCUUUCCAUGUCGGCACUUCAGUCAAAAAGCUUGGACGAAAAUGAUAACAUCACACCAUGCACUGCCAAAAGCUUAAAAAGAAGCCAAUCUCUGAAGGUUUUGGAUGCUAACCAAACGUCGUGGCGAAGCCGCAUCGCUCGUGCCCGGUCAGAGGACAAUGUCCAUCGCAAAUCAUCGGAAGGGGUGUUUGAAGAGGCAAACGACAACACAGCAAACAAUCACCAAAAGCCAACUGUUACUAGUGCGACAAAGGCGAAUUCACAGAUUCGAGAAAAGCCAAAAGUUGAAACUCUACACAAAAAGAACUUGUCGCCGAAGACUGUCGCGAAUCAAACUAACAAUCUGCCACAGUUUCGGAGGCACAGUAGAGAAGUGAUCAGUGGCUCUGCAAAUAUUCGAGAAAAUAAAAGGCUAUCGACAAGAGAUAUGUCUAGCUGUGAAGGCAUAGAGGAAGAAAGCAACGAGUUGGAGACUGAGUCUGGAAUGGAGGGCGGGCAAAGUAUGCCGUCUUCGUCUGACGACGUAGGAACUAUUGAUGUACUGCAGGUUCCUCUACAGUCGCUACCGCAGGUUCCUCUACAGUCACUACCGCAGGUUCCUCUACAGUCACUACCGCAGGUUCCUCUACAGUCGCUACCGCAGGUUCCUCUACAGUCACUACCACAGGUUCCUCUACAGUCGCUACCGCAGGUUCCUCCACAGUCACUACCGCAGGUUCCUCCACAGUCACUACCGCAGGUUCCUCCACAGUCGCUACCGCAGGUUCCUCCACAGUCACUACCGCAGGUUCCUCCACAAGCAGCCGGGUUUGCACCUUUCAUGUUUAUACCGGGCUUCAAUCCAGGCACCCUACCACAAGCAGGGUAUCCGUUCCCGCAAAAUAGUAUCAUAAUUAUGAACAACUGCAACAACAUACAAUUUGGAAACCAGAACACAAUCAACUCCACACAGCAUCACGAACACCACCCUGGAGGAAAAUUUCAAGGGCUGAAUCCAGACACGAUGAGGAUGCUUAUUAACUUGACCAACCCAGAAGACGAACAGCAGAUGCUGAAUGACCUACAGGACGAAGACAAGCGUAAAGACUUUGUCAGUGGUCUCAAGGCAUUUGGCACACAGUUGAAGACUGCCAGAGGCGGCUGCGUUCUGCUCGACUUUGAGCUGUCCAAAGAUCCCGAGGAACGUUUGCGCUUCCUGCGGUCCUGCCAAAGCGGGGAGUUCCAAAGGUUCAUCCAGACCAGUUUGCUGUCCCGGUACGUGGAGGACCCGAGGAAAGUGUCGAUGGUCCUGUGCUUCAGUAUCGCGUCUAUUACUGACACAGAGUGUGGGGAGAUGGCAUUCAACUUCAACUGGCAGCGCAAAUGUAAAGUGUAA